AAAAACAAACACUCCCUGUUACUGUGUGUCAUCAUACGCACAUCCAUCCUGCAAGGUGAUAAUAUCACAUUUCCCCUCCCAUGGCAGCUGGCAUCCAUCUAAUAACCAUAUAAAGCAGUGACAAGGAUGGGCAUUUCAUAGGCAACACUGGGCAGGUGAGUAUUACUGAUAACGGCACGUGUAAAUGAAACAAGCACUUCUAGUGGGUAAAAUUAUGUAUUUCUCCGUAGACUCCACAGAAUGGCGUCCCUGCACGUGUUCUUCAGGAUUCUACUGGUGGUCAUGAUAGGGAUUCAGAGCACCAUGUCUGACACAGUAGAAGUUAAGGAUGCUCUAGUUAGUGACUGCGCAAGAGAAGCGAAAUCACUGGUUGACGCAGCAUACAAGCUGACGCGUGACAGUUUAAAGGGACGUUUAAAUAAAAAGACGGCCAGUGCUGCUGAUCUCAUGGCGUAUUUCAAACAGCCAGUGGGAGUGAGCCGAAAUUCCAUCCGAGCUGCUGAUUACUUAGGUACCACAUUCCAACUCCUAGCAGAAAAAAUGAAACGUCUUCACCAUGGACCAUUCAAUGUAACAGAUUUGCUGACUAAGAAACAGAUGGCAUAUAUUUCACAGGUAACAGGCUGUAGCUCUCAACUAAUUCUAAAAACUUGCAAGAAGAGCAACUAUCGCACCAUGAAUGGCGAGUGUAAUAACAGGAUUAGACCAGGGCUUGGUGCUGCUAAUACUGGCUAUAAACGAUUGCUACCAGCUCAGUAUGAAGAUGGCUUUUCACUUCCUCAAGGCUGGACUGAAAACAAACUUUACAAUGGAUUCCCUCUGCCUUUGGCACGUGCAGUAUCAAAUGAAAUUGUCCAAUUCCCGACUGAAAAUUUGAAAUUGGAUGAAAGCAGGUCUCUCAUGUUCAUGCAGUGGGGACAAUGGGUAGAUCAUGACCUUGACCUUGCUGCAGCAAGUCCUGCAAGGUCAUCCUUCUCUAAUGGUGUAGAUUGUGAGACUAGCUGUGUCAAGGAAAACCCCUGCUUCCCUUUGAAGAUUCCUCCAAACGAUCCUCGUAUUAAGAAUCAGAGUGACUGCAUCCCAUUCUUUCGCUCAGCUCCAGUCUGUAACCUGUUUCCAGUACGCGAGCAAAUCAACACUCUCACAGCUUACAUAGAUGGAAGCCAGGUUUACGGAAGUGAUGCUACAACUGCAGAGAAGCUUCGCAACAACACAAACCAGUUGGGUCUUAUGGCUAUUAACCAGAACUUCACAGACAAUGGUCUUCCAUUGUUGCCCUUUGAUACAGUUAAUGGCGGUGUGUGUGUAGCAACCAAUGUAUCAGCCGGUAUACCUUGCUUUGUUGCAGGAGACGGAAGGGCCAACGAGCAGCCUGGUCUUAUGACAUUGCAUACACUAUUUCUAAGAGAGCACAAUCGUAUAGCAUCUGAGCUUCAGAAAUUAAACCCAGACUGGACUGGAGAGACUCUAUAUCAACAGUCUCGCAAGAUAGUAGGUGCGAUAUUGCAGAAAAUAACAUACAAAGACUGGCUUCCCUUACUGCUGGGAUCAGAAACGCAUAAAGUCCUACCUACAUACAGAGGGUACAAUUUGCUUGAGGAUCCAAGGGUAUCUAAUGUGUUCACUAUUGCUUUUCGCAUGGGACAUACCUUGGUACAACCAUUCAUCUACCGGUUAAGGGAUGGCUACCACCCUUAUGAACCAGAACCUCAGACUUUACUUCACAAGACAUUCUUUGCUUCCUGGAGGGUGAUUCAACAAGGUGGCAUUGAUCCACUGCUUCGAGGCAUGAUAGCAAACCGAGCCAAACUGAACAGUCAGAAUCAGCUGAUGGUUGAUGAAUUGAGGGAUCGUCUCUUUGAGCUUGUUAAACGCAUUGGCCUUGACCUAUCAGCUCUCAAUAUGCAGCGGGGUCGUGAUCAUGGUUUGCCAGGAUACAAUUCAUGGAGGAAGUUUUGUGGUUUGUCUGCACCCCGCAAUCUGAUGGAGCUGACCUCUGUGUUAAAUAAUACAGAGCUGGCACAAAAAUUUAUUAACCUCUAUGGAACACCUGAAAACAUUGAUAUCUGGGUUGGAGGAGUCUCAGAACCUCAUGUUCCUGGUGGAAAAAUUGGCAAACUGCUCACCUGCCUGAUUGGAGACCAGUUCCGUAGGGCACGCGAUGGAGAUAGGUUUUAUUAUGAAAAUCCCUCAGUUUUUACUGCUGCUCAGAGGAAAGAAAUAGAGAAUGUGAAUGUGGCGCGUGUCAUCUGCGAUAACACCAACAUUGAAGAUGUCCCUCUAAAUGUCUUCAUGGGGAAUGAUUUCCCAAGAGACUUUCUAAAGUGCUCUAAUAUCCCAGCACUUAACCUGACACUUUGGAAAUAAAUUCAGAAUAAUAAG